UUUUGCAGUCCUGUCAGACUUAAAUCUUCAGUAUCCCGAGCAAGCAGCCUUUUCCAUGCGUUUGGUGACGUACAUUGGUAUUUCGGUGUCCCUGGUUCUGUUAUUGAGAGCUUUUAUACUAUUCUUGUGUCUAAGAGAUUGUGUCAGUUGAUCGCCAUAGUGCUGCAUUAUUUCUUCAGCGCCUCCUUCUCGUGGAUGUUCGUCGAAGGUCUGCACAUGUAUCGCAGGCUCAGGGAAAAGAGGAAUAUAGACACUGGCAAAUUGUCCUUCUAUUUCUUCAUGGGGUGGGGAUGUCCCGCUAUUGUGGUCGGAGUUUCCGCUGGCUUAGCGAACGAGGGCUACGGAAACCAGAGAUUCUGCUGGAUGUCGACAGAUGGAACACUUAUCUGGACGUUUACGAUUCCUGUCAUCAUCAUUGUCGCGCUCAACACACUCGUCUUUAUCAUGGCGUUGUUCACUUCACUUCAAAAACAAUCAAGAAAGAGACGUCGCCGGCAUCACCACCAUCACCAUGACGACGAACAAUCUAACUUGACUGCCGGAUUACGAGCCACAGCCGGUCUUCUUCCCUUGAUAGGAGUAUCUUUCGCGUUCGCCAUUUUGAUGGUGAAUAAAGAUUUGGAAACCUUUCACUAUAUCUUUGCUGCCUUUACGCCAGUUGUUUUCGAAGGCCUGUGUAUACUAGUGUUUUAUCUCCUAUUGGACAAGACGGUUCGGAAGGAGUUCAAGAAUGUGUACAUGCGCUGGAAGACUAAGGACAAGACAUACGGGAUACAGAAACCCACGCAGCAUUUUAAACGCUCCUAUCACCCUGGGGAGACGGCACCUCUCCGAUCCCCGUAUGAUUUUGACGACGAUGGAAACGCCACUAGCACAUCUACCACGGAGCCAUCCAGCAGCGGUUUCCGUAGCAGUGUAACGAGUCGGUUCACCACAGACAACAGUAUCACGGAUACUAUAGGAGAUGAAGAUACCAGUGUACCAGAUGGAAAAUCGCCAAAGGCCAAGUACCCUGAUAAUCCUGAACUCGAGCGAGCCCGGAAAAUAUGGGAACAGACCGAUAAGUCAGAAGUGAGCACCACCCAACCAGAAUCAUCUUCCGAAGAGGAAGACGAGCGGCCCUCCUCGCCUGGUCUUCCAUCUGAUUCCUCCGACUCUGAAGAUGACCAAGUUCCGAGUGAAAAUGGAUGGCCAAAAGAUAAAACUCCAAGGAAGAAACGUCGAAAAGCUCCUUUCUACGCUUCAGACGGACCUAUGCAUAGCACACCAAUGGAGACAACACCCGAGGAAGAACCGUUGAGAGAACCUGAGUCGGAAUCUUCCGACACCGAUGACGAAGAGUUACCAACGAUCGAUCGUAAAAAGGAUCAUCCUUCCUUCAAAGCCGUCCCCGAGAUUAUACAGGACAAAGGGGUGUCAGGUUCGGCUGCCACCUCUGAUACGACUCCAUCUGUGGACAGCAGCUUGAAAAAGAAACCUCUGAAGUCAGCUCUCAAGAAACCGAAGAAUCCUAUUCCUAUACCUGUCAUGGAAGAGCUUAAUGAUGACGAUGACGAUGAUAAAUCACUCAGCACUGAUCGUCAUCAUCAUCACCAUCACCACAAAGACAAACAUCGACACCGUCGAGACAGACCACGGUCCCGCGCGAGUUCCGUGUCUAGCGAUCAGAAGGAGAAAAAACGCAGAUUUAGGAAGAAAGGUUCCAAGAAGAAGGAAACGUUAGUACAAAUUGGUGGAGAGGAAUACAGAGUGCAGGCUGGGGACCAGUCUUUGUUUCAAGAUUCUCAAGUCUAAGCAAGUUUCUGGGGUUCGACAACUAGAUAUGAAAGACUACUAGCUUGUACUACUCUUCAAUUCAACAAGCGUUUAUUUAGCUAGAGUGAUAAGCCUUUAGUUUUUUUUUAAGAUAUCAAAACUUACUUCGAAAAUGGUUUUGUUUAAUGGCCGUAAGUGUACAUUUAUUUCGUAAUACAACACGGUUAACCGUGAGAUUAAAAAAAAACCCACUUUUUUCCUUGAGAAGCAAUUAAUUUUGCUUGUGUUUCUUAUAAGGUUUGUAAAGCCUUUGAUAUUGUAUAGAUGCUCUAACGUAUAUUUAGUGCAGAUUUCUCAGUCUUUUUUAAAAUGAGUUUUAGAAUUAGGUGUUUCUUAUAAACCGCUAGUAAGCUUUUGAGAUAAACGAGGAAAAAUAUUUUUAUCGAAUCUCGACAUGAUUGCAGUAUUUUCUUACCGUGAAAUUUUUAAUGAGGUAUCUUGAAGUUUCAAAUUGCAAAUGGAAUAUAAUUUAUUAGGUCUGUAGGAACAGUUAUCUGCUUAAAAAGGCAAAAAAAUCGUAUUUUAGCUUAGCUUUUGACAACGCAUCGGCGAAAGUGGAAGAGAGUUCUUCCAAAUAAACAUUCUUAGUUUUUAAUGUAAGCGUCUUGAGAGUGGCUAAAAUUUACACGCCGACUGUAAAUUUCUUAGCUUGUUUAGCUCAUGAUUUAGUGUUACCAAUUUUAAAUUGAACUUGCAGAGUGUAAUGGAAUCAAAACACUCAAGCAUAGACAAUGUCUAAGACUCCAUUUGAUCUUUUGCGAAGAUGUCCGAUGAGUUAUUUAUUUUACUUCCAGUGUGUUUGGUUUCAAAGCAAUUUCUAUAAAAAGAAAUAACUUCUUAUGUACAUUUUUUGCUGAUGGAACGUGUUAAUAAAGUCUAAA